CAACUGCUCUCUCUAUGCAGGAAUGAAUCUAGAUGCACAAAUUUGGGCCGCAUAAUGGAAACUCAUUGUCCGAAGCUUUUUGGAGCAUCAUACAAGGAUCCGAUCUCAAGUUUUAAAGAAUUUCAUAGGUUUUCUGUUCAGCAUCCUGAGAUUUACUGGCCAAUUGUUUUAAAAGAACUACCAAUUCACUUUCUGGAAACCCCUAAAUGCAUACUGGAUACCUCUGACAAGUCAAAACAUGGAGGUAACUGGCUUCCUGGUUCAGUUCUGAAUAUAGCCGAGAGUUGUGUGCGUUCGAGCAAUUACCCCAACAAGCAGGAUGAUAGCGUGGCCAUUGUAUGGAGGGCAGAAGGGAAUGAUGAUAAAGAAGUUAAUUGCAUGACAUUGAAACAGCUGAGAGAACAAGUAAUGAUGGUGGCAAAUGCACUGGAAAACAUGUUCUCAAAGGGUGAUGCCAUUGCCAUUGACAUGCCAAUGACUGCCACAGCAGUCGUUAUAUACUUGGCCAUUGUUCUUGCUGGAUUUGUGGUGGUAUCAAUUACUGAUAGCUUUGCUGCACAGGAGAUUGCGGUCCGUUUACGAGUAUCUAAUGCCAAGGCUGUAUUUACACAGGUACUUCUAGUAAACAGAAAAUGUUAACUAAAGGAGUUGCCU